CAGCGCCGCCACCUUGGCCUUCCUUCAUGGCCAGUCAUAGGCAUGCUCCCCUCCCUCUUCGUCGCCCUCCGAAGUAACAACAUGUACGAGUGGCUCACCGACGUGCUCAACAACAAGGGCGGCACCUUCACCUUUCGCGGUCCUUGGUGCAGCAGCCUGCAAUGCGUCCUGACUUCAGACCCACGAAACCUCGAACAUCUUUUGAAAACAAAGUUCAUCAACUUUCCCAAAGGCGAGUAUUUUCGCAACACUGUGCGUGACUUUUUAGGUGACGGUAUUUUCGGUGCGGACGACGAUACAUGGAAGCGUCAGAGGAGGACGGCGAGCAUAGAGUUUCACUCUGCAGAGUUUCGCGCUCUGACAGCGGGAUCUUUAUAUGAGCUUGUCCAUUCAAGACUCAUCCCGGUUCUUGAAUCAGCACACAGGAAGAAUUCUCCCAUUGAUCUUCAAGAUAUCCUCUUAAGACUAACUUUUGAUAAUGUCUGCAUUAUUGCAUUUGGUACUGAUCCUGGAUGUCUUGCACCUGGAUUACCUGACGUACCCUUCGCGCGUGCUUUUGAAGAAGCUACAGAAGCGACGAUUAUAAGGUUUGUGACCCCGACUACGAUAUGGAGAACUCUUCGGUUUUUGGAUAUAGGCAACGAGAGGAAGCUGAAGAGAUCGCUGAAGGACGUUGAUGAGUUUGCUUACGAGGUUAUCAGGACGAGAAAGAAGGAGCUGGAGCGCGAGAGUAAAGAGAGGUCGGACCUCCUGACCGUGUUUAUGAGGCACAAGGAUGAAGAUGGUAAUAAGUAUUCAGAGAAGUUUUUAAGGGAUAUAUGUGUAAAUUUUAUUCUGGCAGGCAGAGAUACGAGCUCGGUGGCGUUGGCUUGGUUCUUUUGGUUGCUGGAGAAGAGCCCUGAAGUUGAGGAGAAGAUUGUUGAAGAGGUAAGAGGGAUUGUGAAGGAGAGAAGAGAGGAAAUUAAUGUUGACGACAAUAUGAAUGUUGUGUUCAAGCCUGAGGAAGUGAAGAGGAUGGAGUAUUUGCAGGCUGCUCUCUCUGAGGCUCUCAGGUUGUAUCCUUCUGUUCCUGUGGAUCACAAGGAGGUUGUACAAGAUGAAGUGUUCCCCGAUGGAACUGUACUAAAGAAAGGAACAAAGAUCAUCUAUGCUAUCUACUCGAUGGGGAGGAUGGAGAGCAUAUGGGGAAAAGACUGCAGAGAGUUCAAACCCGAAAGAUGGCUUAAAGACGGAAAAUUCAUGAGCGAGUCUGCCUACAAAUUCACUGCAUUCAACGGAGGGCCGAGAUUGUGUUUAGGCAAAGAUUUCGCCUAUUACCAGAUGAAGUAUGUUGCAGCUUCAAUUUUAUAUCGCUAUCAUGUGACUGUUGUCAAGAAUCAUCCAGUGGCACCAAAAUUGGCACUUACAAUGUACAUGAAGCAUGGAUUGAAGGUGACACUUGAGAAGAGGGUAUCAUAGUUUCUCAAAGGGGAAAGAGAAAGCUAAGGCAGAUAAUAAUCUUGAAGAUAACAUAGCUCGAGGAUGAACUUUGAGCUCUGUUUCAUCUGAUAUCGCUUAUGUUUGUGGAGUGUAUUGUUAGGAUAUGUUGUGUAAAUUCUUUCUCUGUAAUAGUCUUCAAAGUUCUUUCUUUGACAUGAUACAUGUAUGCGGAUUGUAGAGUGAUAUAUAUAUACAUGUUGUGCGUA